UUCCUCCUCCUGCUGAUGCUUUCAUGCUCCACCCAUCCACACUCACACAAACAUGCACAGAAAUACUGAGCAGAACUGAACGGAGCGGGUGUAAUCGAACAGGACUGAUGACCGGAGCCUGACAAUGGGACAUAAAGAGUCUCUGAACAACUAAUUGGAUCCAAUCAGGCUGAAAGGUUGGUGUGAUCAUGCAGACAAUCAAGUGUGUGGUAGUGGGCGAUGGCGCCGUGGGAAAGACCUGCCUCCUUAUCUCCUACACCACUGGAGCCUUUCCCAAAGAGUACAUCCCCACAGUCUUUGACAACUACAGCAGCCAGGUGACAGUGGACAGCAGGAUCAUCAGCCUUAACCUGUGGGACACAGCAGGCCAGGAGGAGUAUGACCGCCUUAGGACGCUGUCCUACCCGCAGACCAACGUCUUCAUCAUCUGUUUCUCCAUCUCAAGCCCGGCCUCCUAUGAGAACGUCAAACACAAAUGGCACCCUGAGGUGUUACACCACUGUCCCGGGGUCCCCAUCCUCCUGGUGGGCACCAAGAGCGAUCUGCGAAAUGACGGCGACACCCAGAGGAAGCUGAAGGAGCAGAACCAGGCGCCAGUCACUCAUCACCAGGGCGCUGCGCUCGCCCGCCAGAUCCAAGCCGUGCGCUACCUGGAGUGCUCUGCCCUCAACCAGGACGGCAUCAAGGAUGUGUUUACGGAGGCCGUCAGGGCCUUCCUCAACCCAGAGCCCGUCGUCGCCAAGAGGCCUUGUGUGCUGCUCUAAGAACCAAAACAUCGACUGGAAAAAAACAGGGCUCAUUUCUACUUGAGAGACUUGACUUUAUAUUUUAAAAUGUGAUUUGGAUUUUUUUUUUAAGGAUCUUAUUCACCUUCAGAAAUGGGAUCAGAACGGUCAAAAAGCUUUUUUUUGGAUAUGUUCCUGACCAGUGUUGCAAAGGUUUAAAAAUAUAUGAUAUAUAUAUAUAUGUGAAUGCUUGUAGAGAACAAUCACAUGAGUCUUUCAGUAGUGCCCCAAAAUACAUUAAAUAAAUAUAUUUUUAAGUUGGAAUUAAAUGUUCCAAGUGGCAUAUUUUCUCUGACUAUCUGGACUGUGAAAAAUGACAAACAACAACAGGACGAUUUCCUGCAGAGGCCCUUGGGGAGGAAGAGUGAACUGGAGAUGGCGUGAAUUCUGCUCCGUUUCCGGAUGUCGCCUUUUCCUUCGCGGCGACUCCUUGGAGGAGGGAAACCGCUUCCUCUUCCUGACUACAGACUCUCUCUUCUCUUUCUCUCAAGCCGCCGUCAAGUUGUCUGCCAUUCAGUUUUAAAACUAAUAAAGCUGUUGUCAAAAGACCAAACACUGCCAUAUAAUAUCAUAAUAAACGUUUACUUCAUCAUCACA